AUGGCCGCGUGGAAAGCCGUUCCCCGGCAUGGUUUAACCGAUAAUCACAAAACUUAUCGCUUUUUUAAAAAUCUUUAUGAUUACCAAGAAAAACCCGCUUUACUAAUCACUAAACACAAACUAGAUGCCGCAACUGGCCAGCAUCUUGCGAAAAAUCAAAAAGUUUUCCGUCACUUCAAUUAUCAAACUCAACAAACCACUUACUUCUACCGCACUAAUGAACAACUA